UGACGUAGGGACCUGGCCCAUCCCAUGUCGCCAUCGUUCCUCCCCUCUUUCCUCGCAAAAUUCCAAGUUUUCGCGAGCCUGAAAGGACGAUGUUGAUAUAAACCCCUCCCAACCUCCCAUUCUCCAUCCCGAAUCAUCCGCUUCUCUGCUCGCCCCUACUCGCCUUUUCUCAGGUGUCAUGGGCUUGAGAAAAGAGUUUUUGCUUCUUCUCAUACUGGUUGUUAGCUGGUCAAAUGCAGAUGCCAGGAGUUUGGUGACCUUUGAUGUUACAGUUUCCCCAGUAGUCGUUGAGGCACCAAGACACGAGAAUAAAAUUUCUGAAGCAGUCCUAAGGGAUGACCAACUCUGUGCAAUGUGUGAAAAUUUUACUGCUCAGGCUGCCUAUUUUCUUGGUGAAAACAAGACUCAAACUGAGAUAAUCGAGACCCUUCAUCAAGCAUGUUCCCAGCUGCAGCCUUUUGAACAGCAGUGUAUUUUGCUGGUGGACUAUUAUGCAUCUCUUUUCUUCGGUGAAAUUACUAACAUACGUCCAGAGGAGUUCUGCACAAAGGUAAAUCUCUGUGAGAAAAUGGUUGCUGUCAAUCUACAAAAGAGUGAGGAGACGUGCACACUCUGCCAUCGUGUUGUUGCUGAGAUAACCACCAAGUUGAAAGAUCCUGAUGCGGAGUUUGAGAUAGUUAAAAUGCUUAUGAAGGAAUGCAACAAGAUGGACCAUUAUGGUCAAGAGUGCAAGAAGCUGGUCUUCCGCUAUGUUCCACUGAUCCUGGUCAAUGGUGAGAAGUUUCUUGAGACUACUGAUGUCUGUGCUUCCAUCCAUGCUUGUGAGGCCAGCCAAGAAAAUGUCGUUGGAACUGGAUUACUGGUGGAGACAUCCUUUGAAUGAAGUAUGAAUUUAUAGACAUCCUUGAUGCAAGAAGGUAUGUAACAUUAACAGAAUGAGAGAGGGGAUGCAAGAAAAAUCAUAUGAAAGGGGUUCUGGAAGCGGGGAAGGAGUGAAUUUCAAAUGACAUCUUAUUGUUGUAUUCAUAGUAUCCGUUGCUGUGUUCAUAUUCCAUAGCUAUAAUUUGCGUGAUCUGUCACUGGUUGGAACAAGCCUGGUUGUUUCUUGUACUCUAUUCAGGUUGUGAAAUAUGUUAUGGCACUUACCAGCUUCCUCAGUA